UGCUUCGCCCUCUCUUCGACUCGCUCGCGCAGCCCGACUCUUCUUCUUCGUCCCCCGCCAUUAAGCCCAGUCGCUUAUGACGGCAUUCCCGAGAGUCCCGAGGACUACGGAGGCGUGACACCCGGGUCGUCCUCCGGAGGACCGCGGGUGAGAGAGGACCGUUACGUCGACGCGCAUCUAUAGAUCGUGUUCCGGUCGAUACGGAGGCGCCCGACGUGGUUCGUCCCGUCCGUGGCGCUGGCUUCCGAGAGGGAGGCUGGCUCCCGCGGAUGGCACCGACGCUCCGCCGAUCGCGAAGCGACGCCGUCGCGUCCCACGGGAUCCCGUUCCGGGAGAUGGUCGCAGGCGAAUCCCCGCAUCCGGGCGCCUAGAUCACGCACGACGCGCGAUCGCGACCUCUCUUUCUUUCUUUCUCUCUCUCUCUCUCUCUCUGUCUCUCUCUCCCUCCCUCCCUUUUCUUGACAAGUGGCUCGUUUCUGGGCUUGGUUUGUUCUCGGGUUCGGCGUCGCGAGGAUACCUCUCCUCCUGGUGAUGACAUUAUCGAGGGAAGCCAUGUGAAUGCGAAGAUAGUGUUACAGGGACAGAAUUGAACGCACGUGUGCUAGGAUUUAGUGAGAUAGCUUGCCAUGUUUGGCAUUCCAAUAACAGCUGAGAAGGUUACAUUAACGGAAUAAGUGUGAUGUUACAGAGCAAUGUGGAAUAAUAUUUCAUCGUGAAACGUCGUUAGAUUUCCCUUUAUUAUCUUCUUUGUCGGCCGGAUAGAAUAAUCGAUUAAAACUUGGACCAUGUGUUCAGUAUAGUGUAGCAUUCGGAUUAUACGUUUUGUUGCAUUCACAAGGGUUUACAACAAGCUUGAUUCAGUGAAAGUCAGUGUCGCAGAAUGGUGGUGGAUUGCCUGUCGAUUCAGGCCUCAGCAACUGCAGUAAGGAAGCAGGAGCGAAGGUUAGGUGGCACAGUUGGUGCAAAGAUGCAACCAAAUAGUGGCGGUGGAGGAUGUGGAAUGACACCAAAAGAACUCUCUGAUAAUGAUGAUUUGGCCACGUCUCUUGUAUUAGAUCCCUACUUAGGAUUCACUACUCAUAAAAUGAAUAUCAGAUAUAGACCAUUAAAGGCAAAUAAAGAUGAACUGCGUAAAAUUAUCUGCGAAUUUAUCCAAAGUCAAAAUUAUGAGAAAACAUAUAAAAAAUUAAUGGGUGGAGACUGGGGUGCACGACUUCCCCAUACAAAAUCGAAGCAACAGCAAAUCAAUUUGGAAAACCACAUCAAGAGAUAUUUACGAGUUUUUGACAAGGAUUCCGGAUUUGCGAUAGAACCAUGCUACAGAUACAGCCUAGAAGGACAAAAGGGUGCUAAGAUAUGUGCUACCCGAAAAUGGAUGAAACAUGAAAAAAUUUCCUGCCUCGUUGGUUGCAUAGCGGAGCUUAGUGAAAAGGAGGAAGCUGCAUUAUUGCAUCCUGGAAAAAAUGACUUCUCUGUGAUGUUUAGUUGUCGAAAGAACUGUGCCCAAUUAUGGUUGGGCCCUGCUGCUUAUAUAAAUCAUGACUGUAGAGCGAAUUGUAAGUUUGUACCAACGGGAAGAGACACAGCGUGCGUUAAGGUAUUGCGCGAUAUUGAGGUGGGCGAAGAGAUCACGUGUUUUUAUGGAGAGGAUUUUUUCGGUGAUGGUAAUUGUUAUUGUGAAUGUGAGACUUGUGAGAGGCGAGGAAAAGGCGCUUUCGCGAGUCAGAAGCCAGGCGAGGAAUUGUCAUCCGGCUAUCGUCUGAGAGAAACGGAUAAUCGAAUCAAUCGGACUAAACAUCGACAGCAACCGUUGAACAGGAACAAACAGCAAGCUGAUACCGCUCUUACCGAGCGAAAUGCAGUUUUAGUUGGAAAUGCAGCGGUCGCGCCACAGUCUCUGAGUAUGAAGGAAUUACGACGUAAAGGACUCACCAAGUACGAUGCCGAGUUACUGAUUGCGCAGGGCUGUCAUUUCUCCGAUAUCAAUCAGCAGCAACCGGCUAUCAACAACGGCGAGAACGUGCUGCAGACUCGACCACAUCCUUCCGCGGUCACGACUUCUGUCACGAGGAGUCUCCGUAACAAACAACUGUACAAAUUCGAUGGUAGUACUGAUGACGGGAGUGCUCUCAAGAAUACUCAGUCACUCAGAACGUCUAGGCUUCACAAGAGGACGGAAUCAAAGAAAGGAAAGAUUAGUAUGAAAUCUGUAUCGGUCUGUCUCGGCAAUUCUGUUGCGAAAGAUGCUGAAGUGCCGAGUAUCAGUCAUCGAAAAGAAGAUUCAGAUAGAGUACCCGAAGAGACUUUGUAUUCGCGAUUAGAAAAGCAUCUCGUCACAAAGCUAGAUCGCGAUUUUUAUAUAGAAGAUUCACGACAGCGUGUCGAAACAGAGGAAUCUUCGACCGAAGGCGCCUGUCCAUUACGACUGACAAAAGUGGAGGAUGAGUCCAAUGUUGGUGACGACUUGAUAGACGAGCGAGGAAUACCGAAUCUUAUCGCGGAAGUCGAACCUGAUACAGUAAAUAAUAUUAAUUCUUCCAGUUACAAAAAGGGACAUUAUAGUACAAACGCCUGUGAUUCAAUCCGAUUAAAUUCCAUGUCUCAAACCGAUAUGCAACAGCGUUUACAUACCGCAGAAUCGAUUCCCGACGAUACGAAUUGUCGCUCGAGGGACUACCGUCGUUCUUCGUCGCCUGUGCGGGAUAAGGAAGGCGAAAAUAAUUCUUGCAACACUGAGAAUUGCCUCAAUAAACUUUCCAAAUCUCGUAACAAACGAUUCUCGUCGAUAGACGAGAAUGAUCGCAAGGCGAACGAAGAUUCGUCUUGCGAGAACGAGGAUUCAUCACCGUCAAUGGAAGAAAAGAAAGAUUUCCGGGAUAAUGAUGUCUUGUACGAAUCAAGUUCUCGAUCGGAUGACGAAUGUUGCGACAUAAACUCGACGAAGGUAAUCGUGGUGCAAAAAUAUGCUAUGGAGAAAGAUAUGGAGAGUGAAGACUGUGAAAGUCCGAUUGCUGUUGAUGCGACGACGGAUCGGAAUCGCACAGACAGUGUCGAAUUUUGUGAACUGAAUUCUGAAGAAGUUAUAGAAAUGAAAAGUAGUAUUAGAAACGUUUUAAAGUGUUAUAGUAGUACGGUUCCGAGCCAGGAAGAAGAGGAAGAGGAGGAAGAAGAAGAAGAAGAGGAAGAGGAAGAAGAGAACGUCAUGAUGAAAAGUGAUGCGUAUAUCGCAAAUGUUGAGACUGAUAUCAGAUCCGAAGUAACGACAUUACAUACAAUUGAGGUAGACUCUAGAGUGCAUAUUAGAGAAGAAAAUAAUGUGGCGGACUUUAAUAACGUACAGACUGGCACAGAUUAUGACAAUGAUCUAACGAGCCAUAGGAAUUUGCAGGACAAUCAUGAUCCCUCGUCGAUAAAGAGAUCGAUGUUCAGGCGAAAAGAUUACGCGUUGGAAGUCGCGUCCUCGAAAUCAUCUCGCAAGUCACAGAAGAAACUCUCGAGCACCAAGUCCAAAUUUGGAGCAUGGACGGAAGAUGCUCACGAUGUAGAUGCGAAGAAUCAUAGUAAAACGGGAAAGAGUAAAAACAAAUCGACCAAGAGCCAGAGGAGGGAUCGACAAAGAUCGGCAACUACCGAGAUAGGGGAAGCGGAUGAUGAUUCGGGCAUCCAAGGUGAUAUUUACGAAUUUAGCGAGAAGGAAAGUAAUUUGGAAGACAUUGGAUUACUUUCUAUAAUAAGACGCGGCAAACACGAAUCUCGCCAUGCGUCCUCCUCCACGUCGCCUGUGUCGGAGAUGCAGUGUAACGAUGAGUAUAGUAAAGCCGAACCGCCGGUGUUGGUCCCGGAGGAACCAUGGCCUCCGAUCGAUUCGACGGCCCGGAGCGAGCACGGUGCAGAUUCCAAUAACGGUGUUCAAUCGGAAGAAAACUGUGAUGAAGAGAGCUUAGAGAGAUUAACAGCCUAUGAAAACAAUGGUAAUACGCGAAAAUCAAGCUCAAUCCCAUCCUCCGAGUGUCAGUGGCAAACGAGCAAUUCGAGCGAUUGUCGAGUUUGGCCCGUCACACCGGAGAAGCCCAGCCGUGGUCUCAAGCUGACACUGCGCAUGAAGCGAUCGUGUCCUCUUCUGGAGGAUAAUAUCGAAUCCGGCACCAGUGGCAUGAGCGAAGAUAGCUACGAGCCUGAAUACGAGGUAUUGCGCGUCGAGGGAUUGGAGAGGCGUAAACGCCGGAAAAAGCACAAGAGCAGGGACCGUGAAAGACGACACAAAAAAUCACGCGAGUUGAACCUCGAUCCGCCACCGCCGCCGAUGAAGAGAUUACGUUUGAUCCUCGGCAACGAGACACGCACUAUCGAUCUAACGCACUCUUAACAGCUAUAAUUCCUCCUUCCCCCGUUCCUUCGACCCCCUCCUUUUCCUCCCACCUCCCUCCGUCACGACGCGCGUGUAAUAUCAAUUUCGCACAUUACGACAAACUAUCUUUUGAAAUAUAAUUAAAAAAGGGAGAUCACACACACAGAACACACACACACACACACAUACCACUUUAGAAAAUUUUAGGCCUUCUCGUUCUACGAUACGCGACAGCGAAUUCAUAUCGAAUUUGAAGGUACUUUUCUCACGAUUAAACUUGGUUUAGAAAUAGAAUAGCAUUACUGCAUUUUCUUCCUAUCUCUCAUUCUCUCUCUUUAUCUCUCUCUUAUAGUCCUUGUUAUUUAAAUCUUCUAGCAAUGUAUGUCUUAUUCUGGUAACAACGAAUCUCUGAAGGCCUAUCGAGAUGUCGUAAACGGAAAAACCUCGUAGGUGGGAGAAUUUUUAGAUCGCACACGUACAUGUUUUUUCCUUGUCUAGAAUUAAAUACAUACGAAUCAAGGAAAAAGUAUGUGAAUACUUACCCAAGCGUCGUACAGUGUCAUAAAGAUUAAUGAAGCAUUCUAUGAUAAAUUAAACGGAUAAUUCUAUUUAAUAAUUCGAUUGGCUUAUUACUCUUUUCAAAAUUUCUUACCUUUGAACAAUGUCGAAUCAAUAUAAUCUCUGGGAAAAGAAUCCUUUUCUUUUCGCAUCUUUUCUAGCUUAAAACAAACUACUAUAUAUGAAAUAAAUUAUAUCAAGAUCUCAUAUUUUGCGAGAUAAACAUAAUCAGAUUAAAUCUUACAAACUAUAUCUCAUUGAAAUCGUUUCGGAAAGUAGUCCACCGUUAUUAUAUUCUUGCUACUUUCCACCUACAUACAUAUGUGGUACACUCCGGAACGGAGAGAAAGAACGAAGGAGGAGGAUUCCUAUACUUAUACUAUGUAUAAUAAUAAUUAUCUAACUGAUUAAAAAAUUUAGCUAAAUAUUAGUUAGUUACUAUUAUUGUAAUCGCUAUUCUCGAAUGAAGGGUUAAAUAUCAUGAAAAACCUUGUAAAUAUUGCUUAUACAUAUAAUGAUACAUAUAUACAUAAGUUUAUUACCGUAUUCUCUGUUAUUUCGGUGUAUAUUACAAUGUCUUUCGAUGCGAGUCGAUACAUCACAGGCGGACGUCGCAUUGCAUAUACCAUUGUAUACGGAAUACACCGUUAACACACGAUGCUGUAGUAGUAACGAAGUAUUAUAAGAGAGAGGAUUUUACUCGGCAACGCGUUUUCGUUAUAUUACACGCCGUUAAAAUCCGAAUGUCCAUAUAUAUACUGCAGACGAGGCCCCUUUGGGGACAAAAGAUUUUUGCCUUUGUGCAUAAGACCACCAUCUGUUCCACGUCGCUUUUGUUCGCAGGUGAAAAAUAAUACGCGAAGAGGGGCAGAAGGAAAACUCAGAAGCGGUACUCAAAAAUUUUUUUGAUUUUUAGAUUGGAAAGAGUGCAAUUUUUAUUUUCUGCAUAUCAAAUCAAAGGAUUAUUGGAUAUUUUUAAAUCGAUAUCGAUAA